AUGGGAAGCAAGGAAGAUGCGGGCAAGGGGUGUCCGGCGGCCUGCGGCGUCUCCAGCUUCACCAUUCAGUCCAUCCUGGGCGGGGGCCCCUCGGAAGCGCCACGGGAGCCCGCCGGCUGGCCGGCCAGGAAGCGCAGCCUGUCCGUGUCCUCGGAGGAGGAGGAGCCGGACGACGGCUGGAAGGCACCCGCCUGCUUCUGCCCAGACCCGCACGGCCCCAAGGAGCCCGGCCCCAAGCACCACCCCCCCAUCCCCUUUCCUUGCCUGGGUACCCCCAAGGGCAGCGGAGGCGCGGGGCCGGAGAGCUCGGAGCGCACGCCUUUCCUUUCUUCUUCGCACCCAGACUUUAAGGAAGAGAAGGAGAGGCUCUUGCCCGCGGGCUCGCCGUCGCCGGGGCCCGAGCGGCCGCGGGACGGCGGCUGCGCCGAGAGGCAGGCGGGCGCGGCCAAGAAGAAGACGCGCACGGUCUUCUCGCGCAGCCAGGUGUACCAGCUCGAGUCCACCUUCGACAUGAAGCGCUACCUGAGCAGCUCGGAGCGCGCCUGCCUUGCCUCCAGCCUGCAGCUCACCGAGACCCAGGUCAAGACUUGGUUCCAGAACCGCCGCAACAAGUGGAAGCGGCAGCUCUCCGCGGAGCUGGAGGCGGCCAACAUGGCGCACGCGUCGGCGCAGACUCUGGUGGGAAUGCCGCUGGUGUUCCGGGACAGCUCGCUGCUGCGCGUGCCGGUGCCGCGCUCGCUCGCCUUCCCCGCGCCGCUCUACUACCCGGGCGGCAACCUCUCGGCCUUACCUCUCUACAACCUCUACAGCAAGCUCGAUUACUGA